AUGCGAUCCUUAGUGGCGGCGCUACUUAGUGUAUGUGGUGUGGCGGCUUUUUUGAAUCCUGAGGAGGUGUCUACGGCACACUUUCACAAUGCCACCUUAGAGAGCGCGGAACCGGCUGUGCAUUCGCUCAGCAAGCGCUCAGCGUUCUUUGGUACAGCGACAUGGUAUGAUGUCGAGACAUGGGUAGCAGGUGCCUGCGGUCAAGAUAUCGAUAAUGACAUGCACAUCGUGGCGCUAAAUCAGCCAAUGUACGGCGACUUGGACUCUCGUUCCAGUUGGUGUGGUCGACACAUUAUGAUUGCCAAUGGGCUCAAAACGGCCAGAGCCGUAAUCAUGGACGCCUGUCCUGAGACAAGACAGUGUCAUUAUGGUUCUCUGGAUAUGAGCAUGUCCCUAUUUGAGGAGUUCCAUGAUUUGACACUAGGCGUUUUCCCGAUUGCCUGGUGGACCAUCGAUGGCGAUGACCAGGAUGGGGGAGACAGCAGCCAUGGCAGCGGCGAUAGCAACAGUGGUGAAUCCAGCAGUGACGGUGGAUCGGAUAAGAAUGGCAACAACGGUGGCAAUGAUAAUGAUGGGAAUAAUAGCAGUGGGAAUGGCAACAAUAACGGCGGACAACAACAACGGCCGCACUCGUCGCCGUCGAGUUCGCCGGCACCGUCGCCGUCCAAGUCGCCUUCGAACCCGUCGCCAAGCAACUCGCCUUCGACCAACCAGCGUAACAAUGAUCAAGCAGCACGCGAGUCCAAGGCGCGUGCGGCAUCCGUGUCUUCGGCCUCCGCUGUGAGCAAGGCCGCGUCGAUUGCUAGUGCACAGUCAGCCGCACGUGCAUCUGCAAGCUCGAAGAAGGCUGCCUCGAUGGCGAGUGUGAGCAGUGCACGAAGCUCUUCGUCGAGUGUAGCCUCAGCAAGCCAGUCUGCUGUAAAUGCAGGUCUUGCUCCCCCUGGUCAGGUUGGCACAGGUGGGGAGAGUUCGCAGACGGAUCCUCGAGAGGGCAAUCUGCAGAAUUUUGUCAAGGUACUCAAUGGACUGUCCAUGCUGGUUCAUGCGGCGGCUCAAGGGUAA